AUGACACUCAUUCAUUGUCUUAGUGCUUUUCUGACAAUUGUUUCAAUAUGCUGCGCUCAACAACUGCAUGAAACAAGCGCCCUUCAUUCCUUCAGUUACCGUGAUCAGGAGGCACCUCAGGAAUCAAUAUCUAAUAGCUUCAUAAGCACAACAGUGCAAGCAACAAGCACAGGAACCGUUGAAAACACAAACACAGCUACCAAUACGGCCGCACCAUCAGCAGCGGCAGGCGAUACAGCUGCUGACUAUGUUAUAUUUGCCAAGGCCGGUAUUACCAAAGAAGAUGGCGAUGCUUUCGGAAAUACGCUUGCCAACAUGGUGGGAGAACCUAACAUGGACGCCAUAUAUAACGAACUCGAUACUCCUUUUAUCUGGCGCGCAAACCUCAGUCCCGACCAGCUUGACAAAGUCAAAGCCGACAGUGUCGUUUCUGAAGUUCAGCCUAACGAGAGUGCCACACGUGAUACUGUGAACCCAGGCCCAGCUUCAACUCAAGCAUCGUCACCCUCUCGGCAGAAGCGAGCAGAGGCCUCAGGGGUCCCUACUGCAGAUAACGACAUAUUCGAUUUACGAACGCUUUCGACUCCACCGCACAUGGCUACUUUACCCGAUUACCGCUUUGAUGAUUCGGGUGGCAAGGGCAUAACCGUAUUCGUGAUCGACACGGGGCCAUUUGUCUUGAAGCAUGACGAGUUUGCGCCGCCUGCAACAAAAGCCACCCGCCGGGAGUUGAGAUUAACAAAAAACAAAAAGUCCACCCUCGAAGACACUCAACAUGGAACUUGCGUAGCUUCAAAGGUCGUCGGGAAAACGGCUGGAUCAGCAGUGGGCGCGAAUCUGGUUGCAAUACAAAUCGAGCCACACGGAUUCGGGCUCAUAGAUGGUUUCCAAGCGGCAUUGAACGAGAUUAAGAGGAAGAAGCUAAAAGGGAAAGCUGUUGUUACGACCUCUAUUCUAGUGCGGCCGCGCCAUGUUUGGUUAAAAACCGAGACACGACGUCUCGUUGAGGGCUUUGUCGAAGAGGAUGUACCUUUUAUUACGGCAGCUGGGAACUUUGCCGAACAAGGUAUCACAGAGCCAGAUACGCUACCGGCCAUCUUGGCAGACGAGCUUCCUAUAAUUGUGGUGGGUGCAGCGACCAAGGAUUUCAAGAUGGCCGCCGCAAGUCAGCGCGGUCGCCUCUUGACGACUUGGGCGGUUGGCGAAGAAAUCAAAUGCGCCGACCCGUCUGAUUUAUCCGGCCUUGCAACGGUCUCAGGAACCUCCUUCGCCGCUCCUCAAGUUGCCGGCAUUGCAGCAUAUUGGAUGGCGCACCCGGAUUAUAGUAAGAAUUUCGUCCCAGGCAAGGUUUCCACCAACAUGCGCAACAUCUUGGGAAUACUUUCAUAUCCGCGCAUCGAUGGUCCAGAUUACCCCUCAAUAGCCUGGAAUGGGUAUGACAUAGCCGAAACAUGCAAAGGCGUGAGAGGUACGCGUCGAAAGAGACGUGAUCUCUCUCAAGCGUGUUCAUUUGCCCCGAAGUCGGCACCCGCAAGUGCUGCAAGUAGCGCAACACCAAGCGCAUCUGCCGGAGCGGCAUCACAGCCGAUGUGCGGAACUUGUGGAGAUGAUGUUUCACGCCAUUACGAAGUGGUUAUCGGAGGGCUGUCAGAUUGCACGGGGGCUGAAGACGUGAAGUCUGCCUGCGAGGCCACCGAGGGAUGCGAAUGUAAGUUUGCUUGA